GAGAGAGAGAGAGAGAGACAGAGAGAGAGAGAGAGAGGCUGACUGAGGAAAGGAAAAGGGGUGGGGACGGCAGAGGGUGAAUGCAGGAAAGUUUUGCUUCGUAGCAGCAAGUUGGAAAAACUCAGCAAACUGCAACAAAAUCCUCAGCCAGCUCGACAGCAAAGCAAACAGCGUGGGACUGAACACACACUGCCACUCCCACACAGGUUGAGGAGAGAGAGCAGAGCUUUAUUCCACGGUGUGUGUGUUAGCUAGCACAUUAGCCAGCCACGUUAGCAAUGUGUGAGGACGCAGUCCAAGCAGAGAGGACCAGCAUGGUGAGCAGCACCCACGAGAGCCAGGACCUGAUGGUCCCCAGCCUCGACCAACCCUCCCCCAGUCACAGCCUCUCCCAGCUGGGCACAGGAGCUCUAAGCGCAGCCUCUGAAUCUGGAGCCCCUGGAGGAACAACCACCAAGGAGGGGCCACUAAGCCCAACACUGACCCCAGGGACGGGCCCGGUUAACGCCAUCACGGUGCUGACCCUCCUGGACAAACUGGUCAACAUGCUGGACACGGUUCAGGAGAACCAGCACAAGAUGGAGGAGCGUCAGGUGGAGAUGGAGGGAGCGGUGAUGGGGAUCCAGACAGACAUGACCAAGCUGUCCAAGAGCCACACACACACCGCCAACACCGUAAGCAAGCUGCUGGACAAGAGCCGCAAGGUGUCCGUCACCAUGAAGGAGGUGCGCGACAGGAUGGAGCGACAGGCUGGACAGGUGAAGAAGCUGGAGGCAAACCACUCCCACCUGCUCAAGAGGGACAACUUCAAAGUGCUCAUAUUCCAGGAGGAGAAUGAAAUCCCAACCAGUGUGUUUGUCAAGGAUACUGUUCCUUUCCCCCGUGAAGCUGAGGAGGGGGAGGAGCCCACCGCCGUCAUCGACGCCAACCGCUCCACGGAGGAGGGGCUUCACACCAUCGACCUAUCCUCAGACGAGGACGUAGGGCUGGAGGCGGACCUGGACGAGGUGGGAGAUGACGUAUACGAGCUGGCCGGAGAGCACACAGACAAAUCCCGCACGGAUAAGUUUAAGCGCUCUAGUCUAAAGAAGGUGGACAGUCUGAAGAGGGCCUUCUCCAAAGCGAAUAUAGAGAAGAAGAUGAACAAGAUUGUGUCACAGGAGAAACGAGAGAAGAUGAAGAAGAGCCUGACACCCAACCACCCAAAGAGUUCCUCCUUCAAAGUGUCCCCUCUCACGUUCAGCAUCAAGAAGAAUCGUAAGUCUGAGGGCCAACCUGAAGCUGAAGCAGAGGUGGAGGCCUCAUCCCAGACCGGGGUCUCGCCUACUGCCGUGGCCUCCAUUGAGAUCUCCCCGCUGGCCAGCCCUGAUGAGGAGGUCCUCUUCACCGAGGUGCACUCCCAACUGGCUCCAGGGCUGGAGGAGUCCAAGGCUGAGGCUUUGGAGAUGGAAGAGCUGGCUGUCAGUGAAGUUCCAGAAUCUGACGAAAUUCCAGAAUCCAACGGUUUUUCUGAUUCCAAACCGUUCCUAGAAUCCGACGUUCCUGAGGCGGAUGUGGAUCUGUCGGUUAUGACGGAGGGAGUGAGGGAGGAGUACACUCUCUCUGCCACGCUCCCGCAUGAUGCCUUCCACUCUAUCUCACCCUUCGAUGAGGAAGACAGGGAGGAGAAAGUGCAGCGGGAGAAAGAGUAGGAGACGGAAGGAGAGAAAGAGUAGGAGAAGGAAGGAGAGAAACAGUAGAAGGAAGGAGAGAAGAAAGUGUAGAAAGAGGUGGAGGAGAAGGAAGAGGAGUAGGAGGAGGAGGGGAGACUUGUGGAAGAGGAGGCCCAGCUGUCAAAGUCCCCUAAAACACACACACACAAAAUAAAUACACAUACACCUAUUCCCUAAAAUACUUCCCCAUUCCCACUCCCACACUCUGCCCAUCAUCCUCUAAAAACCUCAGACAGACCCUCUGUUCAAAAACACACACCCACA